CUGCCUGAGAAAACCCCUGAAGAUGCCUGCCACGUUGAAGGAGGGGAUCUGCAGAAGAUGACUCGAGAACAAUACAUACUAGCAACACAACAAAACAACCUGCCAAGGGCUGAGAAUGCACAACUUUACCCAGUGGGGAUUUAUGGAUGGCGAAAGAGGUGCUUAUACUUCUUUGUCCUUCUGCUGUUGGUUACCAUGAUAGUUAACUUAGCCAUGACAAUAUGGAUAUUGAAAGUGAUGAAUUUCACCGUGGAUGGUAUGGGAAAUCUGAGAGUCACCAAGAAGGGAAUCCGACUUGAAGGUAUAUCUGAGUUUCUACUUCCAUUGUAUGUGAAAGAAAUUCAUUCCCGAAAGGAUAGUCCACUGGUCUUACAGUCUGACAGGAAUGUAACAGUGAAUGCGAGAAAUCACAUGGGGCAGUUAACUGGACAGCUGACAGUAGGAGCUGACGCUGUGGAAGCUCAGUGUAAGAGAUUUGAAGUGAGAGCGAGUGAAGAUGGCAGGGUGCUGUUCUCUGCAGAUGAAGAUGAGAUUACCAUUGGGGCUGAAAAGCUGAAAGUUACAGGCACCGAAGGAGCAGUAUUUGGGCACUCUGUUGAGACACCUCACAUCAGAGCAGAACCUUCCCAAGACCUCAGGCUUGAAUCACCCACCAGGUCCUUGAUCAUGGAGGCUCCUCGAGGGGUCCAGGUCAGCGCUGCUGCGGGAGACUUCAAGGCCACCUGCAGGAAGGAGCUCCAUCUGCAAUCUACAGAGGGGGAGAUCUUUUUGAACGCAGAGAAAAUCCGGCUGGGGAAUCUACCGACCGGCUCUUUCUCAUCGUCUUCACCCAGCUCCUCAAAUUCUCGGCAGGCAGUGUACGAACUGUGUGUCUGCCCCAAUGGCAAACUUUACCUUUCUCCAGCGGGACUAGGUUCCACUUGUCAGUCCAGUAGCAGCAUCUGCUUGUGGAGCUGA